CAAACACUGCAUAUUAAAUCAAGAGCAAUUUGUUUCUAAAAAAUUACCUCACUGCAUAGAGGAUAUAACCAUGGCAAUUCAAUCAUCUCAGCUAGCCAUUGAACAACUCAAGAACCUUCUCAGAGAGAAGGAGGAACUUAAUGAAGUGGUCACAACAAAAAUUGAGGAGCUUAUAGUUGAGUUGCAGGGAUGUCAUCCUCAUCCAAUUGACCCUGCUCAACAGAUCAUUGAUGGUUUUACUUACUUCAAGUUCAACAAUUUCGACAAGAACCCGGAAUUGUAUGAACGACUUGCUAAGGGACAAUCCCCCAAGUUUAUGGUAUUUGCUUGCUCUGACUCUAGAGUGAGUCCUUCUGUUAUCUUGAACUUUCAACCUGGUGAAGCUUUCGUGGUCCGAAACAUUGCUAACAUUGUCCCUGCAUUUAAUCAGUUAAGAUACAGUGGAGUUGGUGCAACAAUUGAGUAUGCUAUUACAGCUCUAAAGGUUAAGAACAUUUUGGUUAUUGGCCAUAGUCGUUGUGGCGGAAUAUCAAGGCUUAUGAGUCAUCCUGAGGAUGGUUCUAUUCCAUUUGACUUCAUAGAUGAUUGGGUGAAAAUUGGUUUACCUGCCAAAACCAACGUCAUGAAAGAAUAUGAAGGCUAUGAUUUCAAAGAACAAUGCAACUUCUGUGAAUUGGAAUCGGUGAAUAACUCAUUGGUGAACCUGCAUACAUAUCCAUAUGUUGAUAGAGAAAUAAGGAACAAGAAUUUAGCACUAUUGGGAGGUUAUUAUGAUUUUGUGAAUGGAGAAUUCAAGCUUUGGAAGUAUAUGUCUGUUGUUACUAAACCCAUUACCAUUCCCCUCAAAACCAAUGAAGGAUUCAAGCUUUGAACCGGUGACUAGUUCUAUUGUGCUAUGUACUUUUAAAUCCUAAUUAAAUAAAGUAAUGUCUACCCUUGACAUUCCAAAAUUAAUGUAUUUUAAGUAUUUCUAAAUUUCAGGUUAUCCUCAAUAAUAAUAGUAUAGUUUUGAUGCUAAUGCUAAGUCAUUGAUAUAUUUGAGAGGAAAAAUAAUAUUAAAAGAUCAUGUAUGUUAUUGAAUUUUCAGA